UCCGCCCACCCACCCAGACGUCAUAAAUGAUUAUCUGCAGAAGUGCGCGUGCGGGAGAGCAAAGCAAGCAGUCCCAUUGCGAACCGGUAGUAAAGGUGCCAGAGCGAUGAAAAGGAGAGCUAAUCAAGCUCCAAAAGGCAGUUUCCAAAGAUUCCAGAUGUGGGAGGAAGAAUUGGUUUGUCCUAACACCUCCACAUGAGUAAGGCAGCUUUUAAAGCCUCUUCCAUCCCGCUUCAAAAUGCAGAUCAGCCAACAAUUGCACAGAAGCACAAGGAGUGGAUGGACACUCAUCACACUUACUCAUCUCAGGCAACAAGAGCAAUAAAGAAGCACUUUAGCUUACAGCAUGGAUUGCAACAUGGUCAAAAUGAUCACACAUGGUGCUUUAGACAUCUUAAUUAACUUCUUUAUCUCAAAAUACAAUCAGCUACCUUCACUGAUAUUCAGGUUCAUGAUCUGGACUAAACGUCUGAGUAUGGGCGUGAAGGUGAAGUAUCUCGACAGUGAUGGCUACCGGUUCAGAUACUUGACGCGAGGGAAGCCUGGAUCCCGACCAUCUGUGCUGAUGCUUCAUGGAUUCUCACUCAACAAAGACAUGUGGUUAAAUACCAUUGGAGUCUUUCCUAAGGACCUCCACUUGAUCUGCCUUGAUCUGCCAGGUCACGGGGGAACCACUCGCUUGCUCGCAGAAAGUCACACAGCAGUUGCUCAAGCUAAAAGGAUACACCAGUUUGUCCAGUGUGCUGGCCUGAACCACAAGCCUUUCCACCUGAUUGGCAUGUCCAUGGGGGGCAUGGUUGCUGGGGUUUAUGCCGCUCUCUAUCCAGCCCACGUCUCCUCUUUAGCGCUCCUCUGCCCAGCUGGUCUGAAGAUUCCAAAACAAACGGAACUCUUUCUGUGGUUAAAAAAGCUAGUUUUAUCAAAGGACCCUGCCGAGACUGCUCUUGUUUCAGUUACUAAGGAGCGACUAGAAAACUUCAUGAAAAUUUGCCUAUACCAACCGAGCUUUUUUAAGAUGCAGCUCCUAAAGGGAUACCUUGAGAAUCGGAAACCAAGUUUUCUGGACCUCACCAGCACUGAAUCGAGGUAUAGCCUCCAUGACAACAUGAGGAAAAUCAGAGCUCCCACCCAGAUCAUUUGGGGAAAAGAGGACAAGGUUUUUGAUUCUUCGGGUGCAGAAAUUCUGGCAGCUGCCAUUCCUAAUUCCCAAGUGCAUUGGCUGGAAAAAUGUGGACACUUCAUAACCCUCGAGAGGCCCAGGACAUCUGCAAGGCUCCUCUUGGAAUUCUACAAAUCGGUCUGUGACUCAGCCAAGCAGAAGAAGGUGACCUGAGGCUCAGGAAGUGCCAGAUGGCUGGAGACAGGCAAGGUCUGCUCCACCUCCAGACCCAUAUUAACUUAUCUGGCUGAUACAAUGGGAGCUACAACUAGAUACUGUGUGUGUAUCAUUGUUGGGUUACUCCAUGUAGCUAUGUUUACCUCUUCUUCACUCCAAUUGCAUUUCCUCUGUUGUUGAAAUUGAGGCCUGAGCAAAUAAUAUUUCUAAAUAUGGUCAGAACGGCUUUUCAGAUUUCUGCAUUGUAAAGUUGUAUGGUUCCUGGUACAGUGGCUCAGAACCACAAAUUCCUCAAUUUUCUCCAAUAUUGGAGAAAGAGCUCCAAAUAGGAAGAUAAAUCAGAUGUUAGACACUCCAACUAUUGCCUCUGUAAUCUAUUUAUUUUAGGAACCCUGAUACCAAAAAGAUUCCAAUGACGACAAGAGAUAGCAAGGCUGCCUGGCAGACUUUGUGCAACCAUCAAAGCCCUUAGCCCGCUCUGAAAAAAAGGAAAUUUUAGAUUAGCUGGGAGCAAAGGGCUUCAUCUCUACCUUGUCAAUCUAUCCCAGCAGGGCACUGGAUUUUUUCAAUUGUAUCUUUCUACUUUUUAUAGGAUUAAUAAUAGUUUUAAAAAUUCCUCCCUUGGGGGCAUGCAGAGCAUGCAAUAUAGCCAAGGACUUUGUGGCAACAUUUUGUACAAAUAUAUGAGUUAAAGACUCACUUCUCUAAUAUAGCAAGAAAGAAUAUCAGAUUAAGAUUUGAAAAUCAGUGAUCCUCAGUGCUGUGUCCACUGUUAAUUGCAUCUACUUUACUUCUCUUGUAAGUGGUGAGUUGUUGUUUGGUACAUUCAAGUCAGUC